AUGACACCUGGGAUUAUUAAUCGACAUUGGUAUAAAUGGUUACAAGCAGAAUUAGUGAAAAUAGGUUUUGAUGCUAUUGCGCCAACAUUCCCGGAUGAGAAAGAAGCAAAAGAUUCCAUAUGGAUACCAUUCAUAUUAGACAAUUUAGGUGUAGCAGAAAAUGAUAUAUUAAUCGGACAUAGUUCUGGUGCCAUGGCUAUUCUACGCGUAUGUGAACAAGUGAAAGUCAAAGGACUAAUAUUAGUAUCAGCUGGCUACUAUGAUCAUGACGCAGAUCAACUCUGGAAUUGGAAGAAAAUAAAAGCUAAUGCACAAUGGAUUGAGCAAUUUCAUAGUUCUGAUGAUCCAUUCACACCAGUUGAUAGUAGCCGUCAUAUAGCCAAAGAAGUACAAAGUACAUAUCAUGAAUUCAAUGAUCGCAAUCAUUUCUUAUGUACUGAAUUUCCAGAUUUAAUCGAUGUAAUAAAAUAUCGAUGUGGAUUAUCAUAA